GCUGCCCUGGGCGAGGCGCUGAGAGGUCGGCGCUGGGACCGCCCUGGCCGGCCGCGGGCAGGUCUCCUCACACUUUGGAUUCUGGCUGUAUGACAAUGACUGACACUUUGACAUCAGAUGUCAUUGGUCGGAGAGUUGAAGUUAAUGGAGAACAUGCAACAGUGCGUUUCUCUGGCGUUGUCCCUCCGGUGGCAGGACACUGGUUAGGAGUGGAAUGGGACAAUCCUGAGAGAGGAAAGCAUGAUGGAAGCCACGAAGGGACUGUGUAUUUUAAAUGCAGGCACCCAACAGGGGGAUCCUUCAUUCGUCCAAAUAAAGUAAAUUUUGGAGUAGACCUUCUCACUGCAAUUAAGAACCGCUAUGUGUUAGAAGGAGAACUGGAGGAAGAGGAAGAAGAGGAAAUUGUGACAAUUGGCAAUAAACCUGUAGAAACUGUUGGUUUUGACUCUGUUGUAAAACAGCAAAGUCAGCUGAGCAAGUUGCAAGAAGUGUCCCUGAGGAACUGCGCAGUAAACGGUGCUGGGGACCGAGGAGGAAUUGCCGCCGCCUGCCCUAAUAUUAGAAGCAUAGAUUUGUCAAAAAAUCUACUGUCAUCAUGGGAUGAAGUCGUAGCAAUUGCCGACCAGCUCAGACGCCUGGAAGUUCUUAACCUCAGUGAAAAUAAACUGACAUUUCCCUCUGGCUCACCACCUCCAUCCGGAACGUUCUCUGCACUGAAUGAGCUGGUCCUGAACCGGACGGGGAUAACCUGGGCUCAGGUGCUCCGCUGUGCCUCUGGGUGGCCAGUCCUGGAGAAGCUGUACCUUGAGUCCAACGAUAUCGUCAUUUCAGAAAGGCCCGUGGAUGUUCUGCAGACGGUCAAGGUACUAGACCUUUCCUCUAAUCAAUUAAUUGAUGAAAACCAGCUGCUUCUAAUAGCACAUCUGCCCAGAUUAGAGCAGCUCAUCCUUUCUGACAUUGGGAUUUCUUCCAUACAUUUUCCGGAUGCUGGAAUUGGGUGCAAGACGUCCAUGUUCCCGUCCUUGCAGUACCUCGUUCUAAAUGACAAUCAGAUAUCACACUGGUCGGUUAUCAGUGAGCUGGACAAGUUGCCGAGCCUGCACGCCCUGUCGUGCGCCAGGAACCCCCUGACCGAGCGCGGCAGAGACGCGCAGACCACCCGCCAGCACAUCAUCGCCAGGGUCGGUCAGCUCCGAACCCUCAACAAGUGCGCGGUUGAGCCCGAGGAGAGGCGCGGGGCGGAGCUCGACUACCGGAAGGCGUUCGGGGCUGAAUGGAAGGCGGCCGGCGGCCACCAGGACCCGGACCGGGACCGGCCGAGCGCGGACUUCCUGGCUGCUCACCCCCGGUACCAGCUCCUCUGCCGCAAAUACGGUGCACCUGAGGAUGGGGAGCUCAAAACGCAACAGCCAUUUCGGCUCAAAAACCAGCUACUAACCCUGAAGAUAAAAUGUCCUAAUGAACUUGAUCAGGAAGUCGUAGAGAAGCCCCUGCCAGAAUCCAUGACCAUCCAGAAGGUGAAAGGCUUUCUGUCGCGUCUCCUCAAGGUCCCCGUGGCAAAGCUGCUCCUGUCCUACGAAAGCCCCAAAAUGCCGGGCAGGGAGAUUGAACUAGAAAAUGACCAACAGUCAUUACAGUUUUAUUCUGUGGAAAACGGAGACUGUCUGUUAGUGCGAUGGUAACAGCCAGCUGAUAAACCUCAGAGGUGAGGCCGUUCGUGGUGGCUGGGCUCCUGGGAAAUGAACGGCUUACGGGCCGUGCUGUCGGAGGCUUUACGGCGUGCCCUGAGUAGAGAACAGCUCGUGUCUUCAGAGGGAAGAGACCAUUUCUAGGCUUGUACGUAACAGCAGUAAUAAAGCCUCUGCCCCCGCUAUGAU